CACAUUUCUCGUUGUCGCGCUCUGGUAGUCUCUGUAACUCCUCCGCUCUCUCUCUCUCUCCAAAAAAAAGCUCCGAACACAACCAUGGCGGCGUGGACAGCUGUCGCUCGUCGAGCUUCGAACCUCUCUCGGCUCUCCUCUCCCAAAUCGGUCGCUACGACUAGUCAAGCCGCCAAUCUAAUCCAUCGGCGCGGUCUCGCCGGUGGCGGUGAUCAUCAUGGACCUCCUAAGGUGAAUUUCUGGCAGGACCCAUUGAGCCCAUCUAAAUGGAAAGAAGAGCACUUUGUGAUUGUUUCUCUGGCUGGCUGGGGAAUGCUCAUCUUUGGGGGUUACAAGUUCUUCACAAAGGGCAAGAAAGAGGAGAAGGAAGAGAAAGUUGCAGAAGGAUCCCAUUAGGUUGGGCUGUUUCUCAACACCUAGAAAUGAAGUGGUUUGCUUGGAUUUCACAGGCAGAGAAGAAUAAUUUUAUAUGAUGCGACUUGUGAAAUUCUCCAGUUUUGGCAGUCUGCGGCAAAUGAACUCUUGGACAGAUGGAUGAUAUAUGUUAGGACUUUUCAGUCGCUUUUCCUUGUGUUAUUUUGAUAUCCUGAUGCAUCUAAAACUUUUUCUAAAAGCUUUAAGAAAUCAUCAAUAGUCCUUUGAAUCCAAGGCUGAAACUUCUUUA